AGUUCAUUUCGUGAAUGCAGAUCAGAUCAGAUGCAGAAUCUCCUAUUAAUAAUCCAGUGAACAUUACAUUAGAUAUUUGAGAUAACUCCUGCUAUUCUACAUUGUUCUCAUUUACUCCAUUCCAGACUAAGUUGAUUUGAUUUUGCAACUUAACUCCCUUUCAGCCUUUGUAACAUCCGCAGCUCUGCAGAGUGCCUGAAACCAUGCAGAAUCUGACAGACCUCACAGGCAACACGACGUCCGGCGUUAACCUCUCUGUCAUUGUGAAGGUGUGUGUGGUGAUUCCGUUCUUCAUUGCCUUCCUGUUCUUCAUCCUCCUGACGCUGUGCACCUUUGCAUCUCACAGGCAGUUCUUUGACAGCUCCCGUUAUAUCCUCUUCACCUACAUGCUGAUCAACGACACCCUGCAGCUCUUCUCCUCCGUAUCUCUUUUCUUGCUUGCGAUGGGUGGUGUGCAAUUUGCGGUCAUCUUCUGUGCUCCACUGAUUUUUGUGUCCACUGCUACCUUCCUAAACACCCCACUCAUCCUUUCCACUAUGUCAUUGGAGCGCUACGUGGCUAUUUUCUAUCCUCUUCACCGUCCUGCAAUCUGGAGAGCUGAGAGGAUUUGGAUCAUCAUUGUAAGCAUGUGGAUCAUCAGUUGCAUCCUGCCCACCGUUGACUUUGUCUUGAUGCGGCUCAAGCCCAAUGUAGACAUCCAUUCAACACCUGUGCUCUGUAAACCCACUGUGCUCAAUGCUUCUCCCAUUCAGGCUCUGUUCAAAGUGAGCCUCAAUGGGAUCUUCUUUGCAGUGGUCGCUGUGGUUAUCCUCUUCACAUAUAUUCGGAUCCUGCUGGAGACCCGGCGGAUGCGGCAGGACCGGGUGUCAGUGAGGAAGGCUCUGCACACAGUGCUGCUUCACGGGUUCCAGCUGCUCCUCAGCGUGAUGGCCUUCUCCCAGCCUGUCGCAGAACUCUUACUUUUCCAGCGUGUAAACUUGUCUCAAGCAGAUAUAUCUUUUAUCUAUUAUUUCUGCUUCAUUCUGCUUCCCCGCUUUCUGAGCCCGCUCAUUUAUGGACUUAGAGAUGAGAGCCUCAGAAGCUAUAUGAAGAAAGCCAUGCCUUGUUUUGGUGCACGGAUUGACCCACAUAAAGAAGUCAAAAUCAUUAAAUAA